AUGUCCAGGUCCGGGGACAGGACGUCCACUUUCGACCCCAGCCACAGUGACAACUUGCUCCACGGCCUCAACCUGCUGUGGAGGAAGCAGCUCUUCUGCGACGUGACCCUGACGGCCCAAGGGCAGCAGUUCCAUUGCCACAAGGCCGUGCUGGCCUCCUGCUCGCAGUACUUCCGAUCGCUCUUCUCCAGCACCGCCGGCGGCGGCAGCGGGCACCACCACCACCACCACGCCCUCGGCGUCGGGCCCGGCGCUCCGGACGGCCUGCCCCCCAAAGAGCAGCCGCCGCCGCCACCACCGCAGGAGGAGCCCGGCACGCCCUCCUCCUCCCCGGAGGACAAGCUGCUGGCCAGCCCCAGGGCCAUCAACAACCUGGUGCUGCAGGGCUGCUCGUCCAUCGGGCUGCGCCUGGUGCUGGAGUACCUGUACACGGCCAACGUGACCCUCUCCCUGGACACGGUGGAGGAGGUGCUGUCGGUCAGCAAGAUCCUGCACAUCCCGCAGGUCACCAAGCUGUGCGUGCAGUUCCUCAACGACCAGAUCUCGGUGCAAAACUACAAGCAGGUGUGCAAGAUCGCUGCCCUGCACGGCCUCGAGGAGACCAAGAAGCUGGCCAACAAGUACCUGGUGGAGGACGUGCUGCUACUCAACUUCGAGGAGAUGCGCGCCCUCCUCGACUCGCUGCCUCCCCCGGUGGAGUCGGAGCUGGCGCUCUUCCAGAUGUCCGUGCUGUGGCUGGAGCACGACCGCGAGACCCGCAUGCAGUACGCCCCGGACCUCAUGAAGCGCCUCCGCUUCGCCCUCAUCCCAGCUCCGGAGCUCGUCGAGCGGGUCCAGUCGGUGGAUUUCAUGCGCACCGACCCCGUCUGCCAGAAGCUGCUGUUGGACGCCAUGAACUACCACCUGAUGCCCUUCAGGCAGCACUGCAGGCAGAGCCUGGCCAGCAGAAUUCGCUCUAACAAGAAAAUGCUUUUGUUGGUUGGAGGACUGCCUCCUGGACCUGACCGGCUACCUAGCAAUUUGGUUCAGUAUUACGAUGAUGAAAAGAAGACAUGGAAAAUACUGACAAUUAUGCCGUACAAUAGUGCCCAUCAUUGUGUUGUGGAAGUAGAAAAUUUCUUAUUCGUACUGGGAGGAGAAGACCAGUGGAAUCCUAAUGGAAAGCACAGUACAAACUUUGUCAGCCGGUAUGAUCCUAGGUUUAACAGCUGGAUACAACUUCCACCCAUGCAAGAGAGGAGAGCCAGUUUUUAUGCCUGUCGACUUGACAAAAACUUGUAUGUGAUUGGUGGAAGAAAUGAAACUGGCUACUUGUCUAGUGUGGAAUGCUAUAAUUUAGAGACAAAUGAAUGGCGUUAUGUAUCUUCCCUACCACAGCCCUUAGCGGCACAUGCAGGAGCUGUACAUAAUGGCAAAAUCUAUAUUUCAGGAGGUGUUCACAAUGGUGAAUAUGUCCCCUGGCUGUACUGCUAUGAUCCUGUUAUGGACGUCUGGGCAAGAAAACAAGAUAUGAACACAAAGAGAGCCAUCCAUACACUGGCUGUAAUGAAUGAUCGACUGUAUGCAAUUGGAGGAAAUCAUUUAAAAGGUUUUUCCCACCUGGAUGUCAUGCUUGUGGAAUGCUACGACCCAAAAGGCGACCAAUGGAAUAUUUUGCAGACUCCCAUUUUGGAGGGUCGCAGUGGUCCAGGAUGUGCAGUUCUUGAUGACAGCAUUUACCUUGUAGGAGGUUAUAGCUGGAGUAUGGGAGCCUACAAAUCUUCCACUAUUUGUUACAGUCCUGAGAAAGGCACCUGGACAGAGCUUGAAGGAGAUGUAGCUGAACCACUUGCAGGACCUGCUUGUUCUACUGUCAUACUGCCCGCGUGUGUGCCGUACAACAAAUAA